UUUCAGUGACGAUGCGAAACUUAUUUCACGUAUAUUAUAAUAUGUUAUUCAGAAAAAAAUUAGUCAAUAGAAUUGUAGCAAUGGGAAAAUUAAUAGUGAUAUCGAGUGACAUUCAAAUAAAUGAAGAUUCGAAAAACGCUUUCGAUCUCUGUGACAAUCUUAACAAUGGCAACUGGUAUUAUAUGUCAGUCCAGGAAAGAAAUUCUUACGUACCAAGUACUGAAGCGAAGAGAAAUGGACAAUUGAACGAGAAAGUAUUUGUAAACAAGGGAACGCUUCUCAACUUAGUGGACGGUACCGAGAAGGUGCCUCACGGUACACGGAUGGUCCUGUGCCCCGUAAAGACGUCAUUCAAAUACAGAGUUUGGCCCCACUGGCUCGCCGCUGUUGAAGUGUGUCUGCUGUCCAUUGUGAUCGGGCUAUGCGGAGGAUGGACCUCGCCAUAUUUAGCCAAGUUGACCAGCGAGAACUCGACGAAUCGCAUCACGGAAAGCGAGGCUUCCUGGGUGGCAUCCUACAUCAACAUCGGGAGGACCCUGGGCGCCGUGAUGGGCGGGAUUUCCACGGAAUACAUAGGCAGUAAGAAGACGGUAUGGUAUACGGGGAUCCCCCUGCUUCUGGGCUGGGUGGUACUCACGGUGGCGGAGUCGGUCGUAUGGAUCUACGUGUCCAGGGUCUCCUUCGGGAUAGGCAUGGGGAUGUUUUUCGCCUGCUUCCCCUUGUACAUAGGGGAGAUCGCGGACCCAUCGAUCCGCGGAGCGUUGGUCAGUGUGAUCAUGAACGGCUUCCCCAUCGGCAAUCUUCUGGGCAACGUGAUGGGCCCGUACAUGGACAUGAUCACGUUCUCCUGCGUGAGCCUGGUGCUCAACAUAGUAUUCCUCCUGUUAUUCGUUCUUCUGCCCGACUCGCCGCAUUUCCUGAUCCGCCAUGACAGGAUCGAGGAAGCGACAAAAUCCAUCGAGUGGUACCACCGGGGUGUCGACGUACCCAGUGAGGUGUUGUCUCUCAAGGAUUUCGUGCAGACAAACUCCCUGACCCUGGUCGACAAAUGGCGGGAGAUCAACACCCCCAGGAACAGGAAGAGUCUCUUGGUGAUUGGCCUGCUAUUUAUUUUCAUGCAACUCAGCGGCGUCUACAGCAUUGUUUAUUACAUGGAGAUCCUCAUGCGAGAAGCCAAAGUCACGGUCCUCGAUCCCGCCGAGGUAGUGAUCAUCAGCAGCAUCGCCGGAAUAGUGUCGGGCUGGAUUUCCGUGUUUGCAAUUGACAGAUGUGGCAGAAAGGUACUUCUGACCAUUUCAACAAGCGGCGUGGCCGUCUCCAUAGCUGCCCUUGGGGUCCAUUAUACCUUGUUGACCAACGGCUACGAUCCCGCCCCGCUGCAGGCCCUGCCGAUCGCCUCCAUGUGCUUCUUUCAACUGUUUGUCUGCAUCGGGAUCAUGCCGAUACCCAGCACGAUCCUCAGCGAGAUGUUCGCCCCCAACGUCAAAGGCGUCGCGGCGUUCGUGGCUAGCAUCACUUCCGGAGUGUUUGCCUUCCUCUCGAGCAAGACCUUCCAACCUUUGGUGGAUCUACUUUCCACGGAGUAUGUCCUUUACUUAUAUGCAAUCGGUAUGCUGAUCUUCAUGACGCUCAGCUUGCUUUGCGUUCCCGAAACCAAGGGGAAAUCUCUACAAGAUAUACAAAAGAUGCUGGAAAACAAAUAAAGAGAAACAGAUCUCAAGAGUCAUUAGGGACUGUUGAUAACGUACCUUUGGACCGACUAUCCAACGACUAGGUCAAAUGAAGAUCAGAAAACUUCACUUUGAAAGACUAGGAGCAGGUUGUCACGCUUAGAAUUUUAGAUAUGUGAUACCUAAUAAAGUAGAUUAACGUGCAUUCCGACACAAUUAAAAUUAUUAAUGGUACCGAAAAUGAUAAAAAACUGAGAUAAUGUUACCGGUAAGCAAGGAGGCAACAAAUAAUUGGCUUCAUCCGUCCUAGUUCUUAGUGUUGUUCAUAGUCUUUUACGAAUUGAUGUAUUUGUAUGUGUCUCUUUUUAAUAAACUAAUGUUUUUGACCACAGAA